AUGCCAGAACCAGGUACUUUCAGUUUCUCAACAGUUCCUGGCUACUUUCUGCAGGAUGAAUCCUCCACCGAUCCGGAUUCCUUUGACUAUGUAUGUCUCCCACAAGAAGCGAACAAAACGACGUUCGACCCCUACUUACAAAUCCAGGCGAAUUCAAAUUUCGGGCUUAUAGAUCGGGACUAUGAUUCCCAAAAAGAAAGCAAACAAGAAUUAAGCACCUGGCAAAGAUUCAGCCGAGAAAUACAGCACCUAAACGAGCUUGGCGGGGAAUUGGUGAGGUAUAAAGUUCUCUUCCUUGGGAGACACGGUGAAGGAGUGCAUAAUGUUGCCGAGGCACGCUAUGGAACGAAAGCAUGGGAUGAAUACUGGUCUUUCCUUGAUGGAGACGAAUAUGGUAGAUGGGACGAUGCCCGUCUUACUGAUUUGGGUAAAUCCCAAGCGGAGACUGCACACUCUGCCUGGAAAAAACAGAUCGAGCAUGGGAUCCCUGCUCCGCAGUCCUACUAUGUGAGUCCGUUGAACCGGUGUUGCACUACGGCGCAAAUCACCUUCGACGGGCUAGACAUUCCAUUGACCAAGCCGUUCCGCCCUACAAUCAAGGAAUUACUCCGGGAAACAAUAGGCCAACAUACCUGUGACCGCCGGUCCAAAGCAUCUGAAAUUGCAUGUGAAUUUCCUGAAUAUGGAUUUGAGGCCGGUUUUGAAGAGAAAGAUCUAUUAUGGGACCCGAUACAUCGAGAAUCGAACGAGGACCGCAAUAAGCGGCUUUCCAGAUUGCUGGGUGAUAUCUUUGCGAAUGAUGAUAACAUUUUUCUCUCGUUGACAGCCCAUUCGGGUGCUAUUACGAGUAUUCUUGAGGUUAUUGGUCAUCGGAAAUUUCAGUUGCAGACUGGGGGUGUGAUACCGGUCGUUAUACGAGCUGAGAAAGUAAGCACUUGA